ACGGGAAAUAGUCAUUUCUGUAAGAAAACAUAAACGUGAAAAUCGUGAAAAAAAAAAAAGAAAUUUUAUUUUUUUGCAUUUAAUUUGAUUUAAAUGUCAUUUAUAGUGAACAGUAAAAGGGCAUCGAAUACCUAUCAUGGUCCCCAUGGUUUUCUCCUACAGUUGGUACACAGAUUUUAACUUGUCACGUAUGUCCUAAUUUUCAUCUCGUGCUAAAUUUUGACUUUCUAGUUAAAAAAGCCUAGUUUACACUUGACAGUGACAGAUCGGUCAAAGUCUAUGUUGGAGCAAGGCAUCACUUACCAGUCACUUAAAGUAACCAGUUAAACGGAAAACUUUCAAAAACAGAAAAAUUCUGCUUGCUGAACAAUGGAAUCUAAGUUUAGUCACCUGCCAGACAUUAAAACUAUCCAGCCUGAUAGGCUGAUCAAGUAUCGGGUCAGUGAGGACAAGUUCUCAGCAGAAGUUUUACUGCCAGGAUUGUCAUAUACAGAUUUUGAUCAGAAAAUUGGAGGUAAGAUGAACCUCUGGUCUAUGGCAAAGCUUUUUGAAUGUAUUCGUUACGCAGUGUUACCCUAUGGCUUUGGGCAUUUUGAUAGGCUGAAAGAUGAUGAACACUCAAUAUUUAUGGCAAGUACAGCAUACCAUAUCUCUGAAUAUGGUAAUACCCUGAAUACCAGACCACAUUGGGGAUUGAACUUCCCCAUGUACACAACAUUAGAUAUAAUUUAUUCAGGAUCAUCUGCGUUUUGUUUCGAAAUAAAAUUGACCAACUACGAAAACAAGAAAUUACUAAUGUCUGCUAGAAUGACAUUUGUCUACAUUGACUACAAAACAAGAAAGCCGGCACCAUUUCCAGGUUGGUACAUUGAGGCGAAAAAGUUAAAAAGCUUCGGACCGGCUUUACCGCGAUUAGCCACUCCAGAAAUUCCUGGGAAUGCUUUCCAGUAUGAAGUAACGUCAUGUUAUAGUGAUAUUGACCAUAAUGGGCAUGUGAAUCAGUCCAUAUAUGUCAAAUGGUGUACCGAUGCAGGCACCGAAGCAGCUUUAAAGGGACUGUACUCUGGUUUUACAGAGAAUAUUGGGAAAUACCCACUUGAUAAUUUAGAAAUAAAGUAUAUCGGGGAAGGAUUUGUAGAAGAGAACUUUGUAAUUAACACGUGGCAGGAUAAAGUGUCGCCUCUAAUUUUACACUUUGCAAUAACAAAACAAGGGGAACUUACAAUAGUAGCAAAGUUCUCAUACAAAACAGCUGAUAUAGGUGCUAGGUUAUAAACUUUAGCUUGUUGUGAAGAAAUUACUUUGACCUAAUAAAUAUAAUUUAUUCCAUAUAUUAAAGAAGGAAAUGCUUAUAUGUGCUGCUACCAAUUUGAAGCAGAAUUUGUUACAUGUUUAAGCUGUUGUUUUGCAUUAUUAUAAAAUGACUCUGGAUUAAAUACAAUUUCUCAAUGUUUAUUUAUUUCACUUUAUUUAAAUGAUGAAUGAUCACUUUCUAAUUUUACAAUACUGUAGAUCAAAAAACACUAAAAGCAUAAUGUAUAUACAUGUAUGUAAAACCGAAUGAAUGUAUGUUAUACUAAAAUAACUAUUAAAUGUAUUAAUUUUCUCUGUAAAUGAAAAUUUAGGAAAGAACAAAUUUUAUUAUGACUUUCUCAAAGUAAAACAUUAAGACACAGUUUUUACAUUUAAUAUAACCAUUAUUUCAAAGUCAUAUUUAGUCAAGACUUUGACUGAGUAUACAAACAAAUUGACAAUGUUCACAAUUUUACUCAAUAUCACAUUUUAUACAAUUUUAUUGUCAAAAAUUCAUUUUUCUCCUAUUCUUAACAAAACAAAUAGCGAACAAGAUAAAAAAUUACACAAUGUAAUUAGAUGUACAGAAAUUAAUAAUGUACAUGUAUUUUCUUUUAGAUAACAGUAUACUGUACUUUACAUUAAGUUUGUGUUUAUGAUUACCUCUUACCAUGAUUGAUUUGUUUAAAAAAUGAAAACUUGCCCUGCCCUGAAUUGUUUAAGUGAAGGGGCUAUAACAUAGAUAGGUAGACUUAGUAUUAAAGCAGCAUGCCUCCAGAUUCAUGACAUGAUAAUUUUCAAUUUUGAAACUUAAUGUAAAAGUAAAAUAUUGUCAAGUGAACAAAGAAAUUAAUUUACAUGUUUCAAGUUGCACUUUAAAUCCACGGUUGUUACCAAAAAGAGGUCAAAGUUUGCAUAAAUAGCCCUUUAAAUACUGCAUAAGUAACCCAGUUACUGUAGAACUAUGGUGAAAAAAUCUACAAAAAUUAAUCAUUAAAUCAUUUAUCACACAUAACAUGAAAAUUAUUACUUCAAUCUUUUUUCUUUUUGUAAAUUUCUUAGUACAUUUUUCUUAAGUUUGAUUGUCUUAAAGCAGCACGCCUCCAGAUUUAUGCUAAUUUUCAUGAAAAUUUUGAAAAUAUAUUUGAAUGUAAUAUAUUGUGAAAUAACCAAAAGGAAGCCAUUUACACAUUAUCAAUGACACUUACAAGCCAUGUAAAUUACCAAAAAGUAGUCAAAAUAUGCAUAAAUAACCCUUACUGCGUUAGUAACGCAGUAAAAAUAUAGUUGCAAAUACUAAAAAAUUAGUCAUUAACUGCACAUAAUAUGUAAAAUAUUAGUUAAAUCUUAAACCAUUUUAUGUUUCCUAAAAUCGUAGUACAUAUUUCUAAAGUUUGAUUCUAUCAAAAUAUUUUGACUCAUCUUGAGGCAUGCAGCUUUAAAAUAUUUUGGCAUAUAUGUAAUUGCAGCAUUAAUAAUAUUGGCUGACCUGAGGUCCUGUACCAGUUGCAAAUACAAAUCAUUAUAAAAUAUAGUAUUUCAAGGGUUAAACGGUUAUUUUGUAACAAUGAGAUACUAAACAUUUCAUAAUUAAUGUAUCAUUUUAAUUUAUUGUUGAAAAUUUGAAAUUAAUAAAAAGUAAUCAGCACA